AUGGCUCCGACCUCAUCACCAGGCACAGGCACCGGCGCCGCCCUGCCGUCGCUCCUUCUCCUCCCGUCGCCUCCCCGCCCGGCCAGCAGAGCCGCCCUCCGCGCCGCCUACCACCUCCCGCUUUCCACCGUCCUCACACGUCUCAGCGACGAGCACAAGCUGGCCUGCUCCUCGGCAACGUCGACUUCCUCCCCACUACCGCCAGCCCCCGUGCUUGCCGUCGCCGUCGCCUCUCCCGUCCUCGCCGGCCCCGCUGCCGCCCCGAAGCGGCGCUCCGUCCGGUGGUCGCCCUCGCAGACGCUCCUCGCGCGCCUGUACACUCUCGUCGCGUCCAUCUGCGCCGAGCAUGGCAUCGCGACGGACCUCGCCGGCGACGAUCCCGGCACCGUCGACGCGCGCAUAGUCCUCGUCGACCACGAACGCGGGCGCAAGGCCUCGUGGUACCUCGAGCAGGCGCAAAUGCAGGGACGGGAUCGCCGCUACUCACUCACCUGCACGACCGUCCCCGACCUCGCUACCUUUGCCGCCACGACGGGGCCUUGGAAGACGGUGUUUCACCCGAGCGGCGAGCCCGGCUACGAGCUGGUUGCUGCCUACCUGGACCUCGCCACGGGCAGCGGACGCACUGUUCUCCAGAAGCAGAUUGUCGCCGUCAAGGGCGGGCUGAGCUUCUGCAUCCCCUCGCAAUCAGCAGACGGCGCGACUGCGGGUCAAGGUCAAGGCAAGCAACAUGGCGUGAACAGCACCCAGAGUACGGCUCCAACACUUCUCGACGGCGUUCCCGUAGCGGCAGCAGCAGCAACACAAGACGCCGUCGAGGGCUACCGAUCCCUUUGCAUCGGAGGCACCUUUGACCACCUCCAUCCGGGGCACAAACUCCUCCUCCACGCCGCAGCCCUGCUCCUACGCGUGCCCAUGAUCGAGGACGACAAGGACGCCCCGCCGUGCAUCUUCAUUGUCGGCGUCUCGAGCGACGAGCUGCUGAAGCGGAAAAAGUACGCCGAAGAGCUGCAGUCGUGGGAGGUGCGCUCGCGCUCGACGCUGCAGUUCCUCGCUACGGUCCUGGGCGAGCCCUCUACCGCAGACCUGCGCAUCACCGACACAGCCGUCAGUCCAUCAGCGGUACCAGCCCCUCCCAAGGGCCAGGUAGGCACAGCGGAGGACGCGCCGACGCCGAGGGAGCUCCAGGGCUCGUUCCGCAACGGCGCCAUCCUCGUCCGCUGCGUCGACCUGCGCGACCCCUUCGGCCCGCCCAUAUGGGAGGAGGGCGUCGACGCCAUCGUCGUGUCGGCCGAGACGCGCGGCGGCGCGGCCGCAAUCAAUGACAGGAGGGCCCAGCGCCAGUGGCACCCCCUCGACGUCUACGAGAUUGACGUGCUCGGCGAGCGCGACGAUGAAGACGACGACGACGAUGGCGAGGGAGGUGAGGGGAGCGCAGACAAGAAGGAGGCUGAGGCGGCGAGGAUAGCCGCCAAGAUUAGCAGCACCGAGAUUCGGAGGCAAAAGGCAGAGGCGCACUCACGGAGGGGGCAGCUAUAG